GUUAACCUGAUAUGUGACGUUUGAAUGGUAUAGAUAAUGUUUUGAAGUAUACAUUGGGUGCUAUAAACGUGUUGGUGGGAGGCAGCGGUAACGAAGGGCGUGAUGGUGCGCGUGCGCCGGCGCUCGAGUGGGCUGGGCACGUGGCCGUGCGACGACUGCGACGCCACCUACCCGCUGCACCAACUGCUCGACAUACACAAGGCCAGGAAGCACCGCGCCAGAAAUGUGCAGUGCGACCAGUGCGAUGCUAAAUUUUUCUCCAAAUACGACUUGCUCACACACAAAUUACGCCAUUCCAACGAAAUGCCGUUCCAAUGCGUUGCUUGCGAUAAAAAAUUCAAACGGCUUAUUUUGCUUAAAAGACACGAAAAGAUGAUGCAUUCUAAUUUACCGCUACAUUUGUGCGAAAACUGCCCCGCCACGUUCCUGUCCACCGUGGAACUAGAGGCCCACAAAAAGAGGCACGAGGGCUAUGCAAAUCGGCAACAUGUCUGCACAAUAUGUGACAGAAAGUUUCACAAACGAAACACUCUGAGUCGGCACCAGGACGUCGUUCACGGGAACAAGCAAUUCUCUUGCGAGUAUUGCCCCCAGCGUGAGUCUUAGAGUAGAGUGCGUAACUACAUAGGGCACCUCACCUCAUCCCACUUAUUUUUUAGCAAAACCGAAGCUAUGAACAUGCGCAAAUUAUUUACAAACUAUCUGGAAGUCAGCAUGGUAGCAAUAUUGUUUUACCCUGCUGCCUUCCACACUGAAUCUCACCCGCGUAAUUCGAGAUUACACUGUGUAUGUU